AUGCGCCUCGACCGUUGGUUCAAGGCACAUUAUCCCGGUCUCGGGUUCGGACGGCUGCAGAAGCUCCUGCGCACCGGCCAGGUGCGGGUUGAUGGCAAGCGCGUUGAGGCCAGCACACGGGUCGCCAAGGGCCAGAUGAUCCGAAUUCCACCAUUGGGUGUCGAGCUUCCCGCGGACGACAAGAAGAAUGCCAAACCCAAGUCCACCAAACUGAUUGCCGACGACCGCAAGGCCAUCGAGGAGAUGCUGCUGUUCGAGGACAAUCAGGUCAUGGUCCUUAACAAGCCUGCCGGUCUCGCUGUCCAGGGCGGGUCCGGUCUCAAGCGCCACCUGGAUGGCAUGCUGGAAGCCUUUACGGACAGGAAGGGCAACAAGCCGCGCCUGGUUCACCGUCUCGACCGCGAGACAUCAGGCAUCAUCCUUGUUGCGCGCACGCGUCAGGCAGCGCAGGAACUUACAAAGUCCUUCCGGCAUCGCAAUACGCGCAAGAUCUACUGGACGAUGCUCGCAGGCGUGCCCAAGCCGAAACAGGGCCGCAUCUCGACGUUUCUUGCCCGCAGCGAGGCUGAAGAACGGAUGCAGGUCGUGAGGCAGGGGGAAGAUGAUGCCCAGCAUGCUGUGUCCUUGUAUUCCGUAUUCGAGCAGUCCGCGCAAAAACUGUCAUGGGUCACCAUGAAGCCCGUUACCGGCCGGACGCACCAACUGAGGGCGCAUGCUGCCCACAUCGGUCAUCCGAUCAUCGGCGAUGACAAGUAUUUCAAUAUCGAGAACUGGGAAUUGCCGGGCGGCAUUCAAAACCGCCUGCACCUGCUUGCGCGCCGUAUCGUCAUUCCACACCCGUCGGGUCAUGGCAAGAUCGACGUGUCGGCGCCGUUGCCGCCGCACAUGCAGCAGACCUGGAACCUUCUCGGCUUCAAUGCGAGCGACUACGAUCCUGAGGCCGACGAUCCCGACGAGACGGUCAUCAAACGCUGA